AUGCACUGGCCUGUGCGGUUGAAGAAAGGCACUGUCGAGUUCAAGCCCGAGAACAUUAUGCCUAUGGAUAUUCCUAGCACAUGGAAGGCGAUGGAGGCACUAAAUCCACUUGUCAGGAUCUUCGCCGUUGGGUUCUCCAGGGACAACGUGGGUAAAGGCAGAUGUUCUAAAGAGCCCAGUUCUGCACAAACCGCGCUUCGAUGGGGUCUUCAAAUGGGUCAUAUUGUGCUUCCCAAAAGCACAAAUGAAGGGAGAAUCAGAGAGAACUUCGAAGUAUUGGGAUGGUCAAUUACAGAAGAAAUGUUUGGCAAGUUUUCGGAGAUACAACGCAGCCACAUCUGGUGCAAAUUGCUUAUCUUUGAACAGCUAAUCAUAAUCUUCUGCACCGUGCAGGCUAGGUUGGUCCAAGGUACAUUGUUUGUUCAUGAGAAGUUGAGUCCGUAUAAGACUGUUUGUUCAUGA